UGCGUCGAGCCCGGUGCCUUGGAAACUGCUAGGCAGUCAGCUUGGUUGGAGCUACGACCAAACAUUAAGCAGAUGGAACAGGCAGUCGGACUCCGUGUUCCCUGACUCAUUUUCAACUUCAUCUCAGUACUCUUUCAAGUAUCACCACAAAGUCUUUUACCUUUUCUCUCAUCGUUUGUUAUCACUCCACAGGCAAUAUGGUUCAUCGCCCAAGACUACUUUGUCUCCAUGGAGGCGGUGCUUCUUCACAGAUCAUGCGUAUACAAUUCUCCAAGCUAGAGUCCGCACUACGCAAAACGUUCCAGCUCGUCUUCCUAGAAGGCCCUCUAGACAGCGCCCCAGGACCUGGCGUUCUCCCCUUCUUCAAGGAUUUUGGUCCAUACUCCUGCUGGGUCAGCGAUGACAGGUCAUUAUCCCCAGAGGAGAAGAGACAAGAAGAAACCAACGCAAUUGCAUACAUCAAGACCUUUAUGCUUCAAUACGGCCCCUUCGCUGGAAUCCUCGGAUUCUCACAGGGAGCCCGUGCUGCAGCCAGUAUCUUGCUAGAGCAACAGCGAGAGGCUUUUACUCAUGACUCUUUGUUCGGUGUCUUCUUCUGUGGCACGUUUCCUCCAUUCAUUCCUGAUGCCCCUGAUAUCAGCCUACCAACGAUACACGUACUGGGACUUACGGACCCCUAUCUUCGGGAAAGUGAAGUGCUGUUAGAGCAUUGUACGCAACAAAGUGUUAGGAGAGUCAUCAAGUUCAACGGAGGCCAUCACAUGCCGACCAGCUCAGACGUCACUCAACAGAUUGCUGAUGUAAUUUCGAUGACAUACAGAACAUCACAAAGGAAGAGGGUUUCAGGCAUCUGGAAGAAGAACGUUGUAGACUCUCGACCUUCAGCGCUUGAGAUUUGAGAUUUAGUACACCGUGCGGACUAGAGAGUUUAGAAAUUAGAAUAGAUUAGUACCGAAGCAUAGGUUAAGCCAGUAGUACUAUCGACUCAUCUUUUGCUAAUAAAUCAUAUUCGAAUGAAUUACCGUUGCUGCUCAAGG